UGCACACGCUUAGAUGUGCGCGCGCGGCAGAGGGAGACGGACGCGAAACGCGAGACACGAAUGAAACAUCGAUAAACUCGAUUAAACUGAAUUAAACUAAAACUUAAAAUAAUUAAUGUCAUGUUAAUAUAACACACACUAAGAGAAGUACACAAAAACUCGACCCAAACUAAAACCUGAAGUAAAGAAACGCGGAGAUUUACCUCACAUCAGCUGCUGAGGAGAGAAACGGACUCUUCACAGGCUGAAGUUGAUGAGUUCUCCCAGUCUGAGUGAUUUGGGUCGUUCAGAGAGAUCAGCGCUGGAUGACAGGAACAACCAGCAGCAGCGAGCGGGAAACAACACCACCUGGAUCAGCAUCCAUAAUGCCGUGAUCUCCGUGUUCCAGCGGAGGGAUCUGGGAGAGAACGAGCUCUACGUACUGAAUGAAGGCGUCAGGCAGCUCCUGAAGACUGAGUUGGGCUCCUUCUUCACAGAGUACCUGCAGAAUCAGCUGCUGACAAAGGGAAUGGUGAUUCUUCGAGAUAAAAUUCGCUUUUAUGAAGGUCAGAAGCUGCUGGAUUCUCUGGCAGAAACGUGGGACUUCUUCUUCUGUGAUGUUCUGUCCACACUACAGGCCAUCUUCCACCCCGUGCAGGGGAAGGAGCCGUCGGUCCGUCAGCUGGCUCUGCUGCAUUUCAGGAACAUCAUCACUCUGAACACGAAGCUGGAAGAAGCUCUGAGUCGACAACGCGCUCGUGUGCCUCCCUCCAUCAUCCAGAUGCUGCUCAUCCUGCAGGGUGUUCAUGAGGCUAAAGGUGUGUGUAGUGAUUACCUGAAGCUGGAGUCUCUGGUCCAGAUGGUGGUUUCUCCGUAUCUGGGAACUCACGGGCUUUUCUCCAGCGACGGCUCCAUCAUGCAGUCUUCGUGUGUGUUGGAGAAGCGGCUCUUGAGGCGCUGGCCGCGCUCAGACUCGCCACUGAAGAACCUCGUGGUUCGGUCCAAGAGCUACAACAUCCCGGUGCUGACGCCGGUGUGCGAACACGAGCCCGAGCCCGGCGGGGUGCGGCGCCACUCCGUGUGUCAGAUGACCUCGUUCGAGGAGGAGCCCGUGUUCACCGAGGCGCCGCCCAGCCCGAUCAUGAACGUCUGUGAGGAUCCUCCCAUAAUCCCCGAGCUCUGCUCCGCUGGCGAACCGGAACGGGCCUCGUCCUCCUCCAGUCCCGAGACCGUGGUGGAUCAGCUCCUGCAGUCUGUGGACUCCGACACCGACACCGAGGGGAUAUUCAUCGACUUCAGCCGACAGCAGUCCAGCUCGCCUGAGGUCAGCCGGGAGAGCGAGAGCCUGGCCUGACCCCCGACCCACCGCCCUGACCCCCGACCCA